AUUGCUUGCACCGUUUGCCGAGCAGGUUGUACGUUGUCCUCAUCGUUGAACAGACACACACUCUCCGUUUGCAUUGUCGCGUCGUGCCGGCCAUGUGGUCCAAAACAUGGUUCAUAUUGUGCGUUUCCUCCGUGUUGGCAGAAGGAAACCCGAUAGUUGGCGAUAGAAGACCCUAUCAGGUCAAUGCACAGAAUCCAGAGACUGCCGCACACGAAUACCAAGCUGGUACCAAACUAAGUAACGUUCUUCAACAAAAUUCCAUGUUAAAAAGUUCGUUGGCUAACAAUAAAGAACCUGAGGCGGACUCCGACCUUUUAGAAUUUUUGGUUCGUGUAGCUGACAGCCCCGAAGAGUGGAAUAAAAUUCGUCGUGUUUUAAGAUUGUUGGGGCGAGAUGAAGCAACAAACAAAGCUACUAUACUGCCAAUGAUAGUUAGCACUAAACAGACCAAGAUAACACAAGCUUCGACGUUGAUACCGUUACCGUCUUACACUGACCGGCCAUCAACAACGCCAACACCUCCGGGUUCUUUGUGGCCGUCUGGAGAUUGGAUAUUGGAGGCAGCUAAACAAAUGAGAAUACCCAACGACUUGGACGUGUACGAUUACAACGAAGACGGUAGUGAUGACGAAAACGAAGAUGAAGAUGAUCCAAUGACAACUACCACCUCUACAGCUAAGACAAAAUACAGGACUCAACGCGGCCACAUGUUUAGGUAUCAGUUUAAGCGUUUGGACGGGCAUGGAGGUGACGGCCGUAUUAACGGCACUUAUGUAGCUGUAGUUUCAUUGUCCAACGAAGAUCAUAAAAUCGGGUUGCAUCACAAUAUACCACAGACAAACACUGGACGCAAAAUUGUUAAACAGGAAAAAUCAAACCCCGCAGAGUAAUAUUCAAAUGUCAACUAAAAGACGGGUCACUCGUUACCAUCGAACACGCCUAACGGAAAAACAAUUAUAAUUGUAGUUUCCAAAUUUUACAUAAGAAAUAAAACCAUUAUGAUUUAUAGUUUACAUAUUUUAAACUUAAAUAAAAAAUAUUAUAAACAAAUUUUACUUUUCUUAGUUCGUACUUAUAUUAAUUAAGUUUAGUUUUUUUUUGUUACUCAAUAUUUAGUCAAAAAAGUUUUUGUUUUUUUAAUUAUACGUGCCUACUAUUAUUUUUCAGACAACAAUAGCAUUAUAAUUUAGAACAUUAUUUAAUAUAUUGUAUACCGAAGUAUUUUAUGUUAUUAAUAAGUUCAUUAUAAUAAUAUAGUUGUAC